GUCAAGCUGAUCAAGUGUCUCGUGCAGAACAUUGUGGUUGAUAUCUCCUUCAACCAGCUAGGGGGCCUAUGCACGCUCGGGUUUCUAGAAGAGGUGGACGCUCUGAUUGGCCGGAACCACAUUUUCAAGCGGAGCAUUAUCCUGGUGAAGGCCUGGUGUUACUACGAGAGUCGAAUUCUUGGGGCCCACCACGGGCUCAUCUCCACAUACGGCCUGGAGACCCUCGUUCUGUACAUUUUCCACGUGUUCCAUAAGGAGCUGCACAGUCCGUUGCACGUGCUUGUCAAGUUUCUGGAGGUAUUCAGCAAGUUUGACUGGGAGCAGUUUUGCCUCAGCCUCAAAGGCCCCGUUCCUCUCUCGUCUCUACCCACCAUGCUCGCUGAGAGGCCUGGUGGAGUAGAGGACCUGCUCCUCACAGACGAGUUUCUGGCAGAAUGCUAUGCCAAGUACUCACUGGCUCCCAUGGUCCAGAAGCGGCCGUUCAUGGUCAAGUUCCUGAACAUCAUUGACCCUCUCCUGGACAAUAAUAACCUCGGCCGCAGCGUCAGCAAAGCCAACUUCUUCCGCAUCAGGAGCGCACUGGCGUACGGCUCGCGCAAGCUGAACGCGGCGCUGAACGGCCCAGAGGAGCUGGUGGCUCUGGAGGUGGACAGGUUCUUCCGCAACACGUGGGUCCGCAACGCCUCUGGCUCGCGCCCAGACGGCUCCAACCACGAGUUCGUGCUCCAGCACAUGCCCCGCCGCUUGCCGCUCUUCGCCCAGCCGAUGCCGCCCCCGGUGCAACCCGGAGGCGUGGCACCCGCAGCUGCAGGCGCGGCAUCAGGGGCAGGGGUAGGAGCAGGAGCAGUGGCAGGGGUGGGGACAGGUGUUUAUGCUGUUAGGCCGGUCGUGAGUGUUGGUGGGGGGUACCGGGGGCAAGUGAACGCAGCAGCGGCUCAUGAGAACAAGCCUCCGGGGGAGGGGGAUGUUAUGCGGGCGCCAUACUCCCAUGGGGGGCAGCAUGGCGUGGUGAUGAACGGAAACAUGGCCGGGCAUGUUCCUGGGAACGUGGCUGGAAACAUGGGUGGGAAUAUGGGUGGGAACAUGGGGAGGCGGCAGCAGGUGCAGGCGUCGGAUGGGCCCCACCGGGUGCCAUAUGGGGGAGGUCAUACCUGGAUCCCUGCUCCUCUUUUCCCUGUGCCUGCUAAUGUGGCGCAUGUUCCCGCAACCCUUCACAGAACAGUACAGGUGGAUGAUCAUGCUGUGCAGGCAGGCACACACGAAGCCACUGUGAGACCGUCUGAGAAUAGUGUCCGUCCCUUGGAGCAGGCCGUUCGUGCUGCUGAAAGUAAAGCUUCUGUGGAGCAAGACGCGUUGGUGAGUGAGCUUGUGGAGAGGAAGAAGGCGGGAAGUGUGGUUGCACGCCCAAGGGAGGAGCAACGAAGCGGGAGUGAACGGAGUGGAGGAAACGAGAGGAACGAAGCGAGUGAAAGGAAUGAAAGAAUUGAAGGGAGUGAAAGCCAGGGCGCACAGCAGGGCGCACAGGGAGGGUUGGACGGAGCAGGGAGUGCAGGACCUGCUGUUAGCUCAGGGAAAGGCGAGAGGGAGGCAACAGCAAGGCAAUCAGAGGCACCGGCACGAGGUCAAAAAGAAGAAGUUGGUUCCGGCUCACGCUCUGCCAAGGGAGCAUCAAGAGUCAUGUCCAGCACCAGUUCCCCCACACCCGACACCAUUCUCACCACCAUAGACGCCCGUUCCCAACCCGUACAACCCAGUGCGCCCCCUGCUCCGCUCGGUCCUCCUCUAGGCCCCCCAGCCAGCUCCUCCGCAGGUCCCUCACCACUCCCCCAUGUCAGCCCGUUUCCGUUCCCGCCUGGGCUCCUCAUAAUGGCCUCUACCCCCAACGGCCCCUGCCUUGUCCCUCUCUCCGCCUUCCCAGGGGCGCUUCACCCGCGACUGCUACAGAUGCCCAUGCAGCAGCUGCAGGCGUUUGGCUCCCAGCCGCUCCCUGUUUCAAACUCGGAUGGUUCCGCGUCACUGCCUCCAGCCCCUCAGCUCUUUCCCUAUAUGGCUCUUCCCAUGCCCCUGCCAUCAGCAGCAGGCUUUCCACAGGUCCCUGGUCUUGUGCCCGUGCGACCGGGAGGGCUGGAAGGGGAGGGACCGUACAGGGGGUUGUUUGGUGUGAGUGACAGUGCGUCUUUCACAGAUGGCUCCGGGGUUUCAGACGCAGCAGCAGGUGCUGCCGCUGUUGCUGCUGCUGCUGCUGCUGGUGCUGCUGCUGGUAGCGGUGGUGAUGGUGGUAGGGGAGACUCAGGUGCUGCACCUGCUGCUGUGCCACCUCCUAUGUUGUGGCAAAGGAUGGACCAGCUGCAACAGGUGUCAGGCUCGAAGCUGCAGGAGCCAAGGCAAGCACCGGGAGAGAUGAUCGGAUCAGCAGCAGGAGCAGCAGAGGGAGUGCAGGCCCCAUUACCCGAGGGCGUCAAGUCAGUCACACCCCCUCCAGGGCACGUCCCGUUCAUUCCCCUCAUCCGACCUGCCUCCGGCGCCCCUCCCUUCGCCCAAAUUCCCGGCAUGGCCCCGUUCCUCCCGCAAAUCCCCAUCAGAGCGCUGCAUCUCGCGCCCCCUUGGAUGUUCCCCCCGCAUGCCCAUGCGCCCAUGCAAGCCCAGGGCGCUGGCGUGGCAGCAGGUGAUUGGUCGGAUGGGCUGGCCAGGGCGGGUUCGCCUAUGGGUGGUAACGCUCUGGGUCUGUCUGGGUCUGCAGCGGUGGGGGCGAGUGCUGAUGGUGAUGGGAGGGAGGUGGAGAAAACAGGAGCAGGGCUCGUGGCAGGACUGGGGGCAGGACUGGGGGCAGGAGCCAGGGCAGGUCCCAGGGCAGCAGCAGGGGCGCCCGUGGUGUUUGUAGGAGAGGGAAAGGCAGGUGUUGCCACUAGCAGCAGCAGUGGUGGCGAUGCCAGUGGGUGGAGUGGUGGUGGGAUUGCCGGGCCACAGCUGACCCCGUUGACCCCGUUGACCUCCACUGGUUCGCCUUUGGUGGGUUCGUCAGCCAUGCCAUUGGGCAGGGAAUCUCCAGGGCAGUCACCUGCCCUGAAUAGACCCUCCCCAGGCGUACCCGCCCCAAGUAGACCCUCCCCAGGUGCGCCCACCCCUCUGCUCCACCCGACGUCUGCCAUUCCGUCAUCCACGUUUGGCCCAUCCAAACCAAGCACCGAUCCCACAAAGCAGCAGCCAUAUGUCCCAUCCACUUUCCCCACUGGGGUUCCAGGGUCCUCAGGGGUUCCAGGUGUUCAAGGGGGAGGUCCUGGUGCUAACCCAGGGGGCGUAUUCCCCCUCCACCCCUUCUCCCGCCCGUUAGGCCCCCAAGCUGUUCUGCUGUCUCAUCUAGGCGGUCCGCCUGGUGUCUUUCCCUCGUACGUCCUUGCUAAUACUCCCGUCACGCAAGCAGGUGCACCUGGCGCACAGGGCGUAGGGCAGGCUGCAGGAGGCAGUGAGGGAAGCAAGGCGGUGCAGGUGCUGCCCAACCCGCAGCUGCUGCAGCCAAACACGUUCCCUCCUGGGGCGAUACCAGGUGGAAUCUCAGGUGGGCUCUCAGGUGGGCCAUACUCCUUCAUGCUCAUGUAUGCCCCCCAAGCUGGCAUGCUCCCGGGCGGCAGUGUGCCAGGUGUAGGGGCGGCAGGGGCAGGCAGUGGAGGAGGAGGGUUGGGAGUAGCGGGGGUGGGAGGAGGGGCUGAAGGAGGAGAGGGAGGGACGGGAAGAGUAGCUGGUGGUGAGGGAGGAGGGCUAGGAGGGAAGGAGGAGGGGAUGCUGAGCACGGGUGAAGUGAGUGUGGAGAGCAGAGAGGGGUGCGAGGCAGGUGGUCCUGCCGUUGCCGUUGCUGCUGCUGCUGCUGCUGCUGCUGCUGCUGCUGCUACUGUCCCUGCUGCUGUUACCCCCGCCACUGCAACAGCUGCUGCCGCUGUGGCUGCAGCUGGUGGUGGUGGUGGUGUGAAGGCAGGUGGGUUGGACAAGAGCAAGAUCUUGCAGGCUCUGGCGGAUGGCAGCGGUGGUGGGGAGUUCCGCAUGCUCCGGGUGGCCAGUAUCGUGCGGUCAGAAUCCGCCCAAGAAACAGUGAGGCUUGCACCUCCUGUGCCCCCAUCUUCCAGUGUAUCGGCCUCUGCUGUUUCUCCUUCUGUCGUUGAAACAUCAGCAUCAGCAUCAGCAGCUGGUGCCUGUGAUACAGCUGCUCCCUAUCCUCUCUCCUCAUCCCCUUCCUCCUCCUCCUCCUCGAUGCCCUCCUCAUCCUCCCUCUCGGUGCGUGCACGGUCCAAUCCCGUGGCCACAAGAGACCCCUCAGCCUCCACCGCCAGUGCUCCACGUGUGGUGCGAGGCAGGGGCGGCAGCGGCGGGGGGAGUGAGGGCGUAUUAGCAGAGCCACGCAGGGGGGGCAGUGGAGUGGGGGGCGAAGGUGGGUUAGCAGAGGCACGGGCUGAUGCUGCUGGGGAGGCUGGGUCUUGGGGCAGUGGGGAGGGGGCGCAUAGGAGCACAGCGGACGGGGCACAACGAGGCCAUGGGUCCACUGGAGGUGUAGUGAGAGGGGAGGUGCGGCAGUCAGGUGGAGGGAAGCAGCAACGAGGGGGCACAAGAGGAGAGGAUGGACGAGGAGAAGGGAGUGGAAGGGGCGAGGGGAGCGGAAGAGGAGAAGGGAGUGGGAGAGGCGAGGGGAGUGGGAGAGAAGGGGGUGGAAGGGAAGGGAGUGGAAGAGGAGGAGAGAGAGGCGGGCAGCGAAGGGGAGAGGCCCAGGAUAUGGGGGAGCAGGCGGAGCAGCCGUCCUCAAAACUCCAACAACAACAGCAGCAGCAGCAGCAGCCAGUGGGUCUCAAGGGAGCACUAGGGACGUCCCAACCACAGCAGGGUCAGGUUGUGGCAAAGCCAAAGCAGAGCCUUGGGCAGGGUGCUGAGCCUGCCGAGCUGGACCGGCGAGUGCCCGAACCAGAUGACGAGCCACUAGCCUCGGCAGAAACAGUGACCAUCAGUUGGAGGUCGUCCUUACGGCCCGGGGAGGAAAGGCAGGCGGCAGGGAAAAGGGCACAGAGAACUUCCCAGCAACAGAUACAGCCCACGGGGUGGGGAGAACCGGAGGCGGCUGGUGAGGGUGGGGGUAGUGCCUCAGUGGUGAGUGCCAGGGAGAGAGGAGGGCUCAGCAGUACUGGGGGGAAGGCAGAGAGCAGGAGCAGCGCUGGCAAGGGUGCUGCAGGCUCAGCUUUGUCGCCUGCAGCGUCGGCGGUGCCACCGUCUCUGCGGUCGAUGUCGCCUCGGGCGGGUGGGAAGGGGAGUGCGGGCGUAGGGGCGGGUCGGAGUGGGCAGAGUGGGAGCGGAAGUGGCUCCCCGGUGUUGAACUCUCCCAAAGCAGGGAAAAGAAUAAGAGGGGAAGACGCUCUAUAUGAACUCAAGGACGAGGAUUUCCCCCCGGAUUCCGGGGAGGUGUGGGCGGAGAUUGUGGCGCAGCUAGGGGGAAACGGGGAACGGGAGGCGGAGGCGGAGGCGGUGGUGGAGGGGGAAAGGGAGGGGACAGGCGAGGCGGAGUGGGAGAGGCGGGGGAAAGAUUCGAGGGGAAAGAGGGAGGAUGGGGUGAAAUGGUGGGAGGGGAAGGUGGGGGGGAGAGUGCAGCCGGAGGCAGUGUUGGAGGAGCUACAUAUUAGGGACUUCGCUCUGGUGGAGCGCCAGGUGCUGCAUUUCUCGCCUGCUUUCAACGUCAUCACAGGCGACAGCGGGUCCGGCAAGUCAAUCAUCGUGCAGGCAAUAGGGCAGGUACUGGGAGCAGCAGCAUCUGAGGACUCUGUACGAUCUCCAGCCCUCUCCUCCUCUCUCUCCGCGCAUCUCUCCCUCUCCCCCUCCGCCUCUCACUCCCUCCUGCAAUUCCUCAGGCAGGAAGGUAGGCUAGAUGUGGUGAAGGCCGUUACUGGGGGAGGUGGUUUAGCUGAUGGUGCAGGUGAUAAAAACGGAAAGCAGGAGGAGCGUGGUUCAGGGAUGAGCAGUGCUGGUCGUGUGAGAAUGAAGGUGAUUCUAGAAAGGGAGAUUUUCCGCUCUGUUGCUGCUGAUGGUGAUGCUUAUAGCGAGUCUGAGGCUGAUGGCAGCAGCAACAGAGGAGGAAGCAGCAGCAAGAGCGGAGGCAAGAGCGGGAGCAAGGGCAGGAGCACGAGUGGAAGCACGGGCAAGAAGAGCAGCAAGGCGCGGAGUGUGUGCCGGGUGAAUGGGGUGGUGGUGCCUCUGAAGGUUCUGCGUGCUGUGGGUGCGACCCUGGUGGAUUUGAACGGGCAGAAUGCGCAGGGGGCACUUAGAAGCGAAGGCGCUCAGCUGAUGCUGCUGGAUAGAUUCGCAAAGCGGUGGGGGGAUGGGGAAGGGAUGGGUAAGGGUGGAGGGAAGGGUAUGGGGAAGGAGAGAGAGGGAGAGGGAAGGUUGAGGGAGGAGGAAGAGGAGGAAAGGAGGGAGGGAGAGGAGGCGGUGAAGGUAUGGAGGGAGGGAGGGGAGGGGGGUGGGGAGGAGAGAGUGGAGGUGGGAGUGCUGCUGGCGAAGGCUCAGCAGGUGUGGGAGGAGCAGAAGAGGCUGCAGGAGGCAGGGGGGGAGCAAGCGUUAAUGGUGCUGCAGGAACUGGUUGAGGAUGUGGAGAGACUGGGACUUAAGGAAGGUGAGGUGGAGGCGAUACGGGAGGAGAUCAGGGAGCAUGAGCGGGCAGGCAGGGCAGCUGAGAGUUGCAGCCGUGCGCAUGGGAUGCUGGAGGGCUCUGGAGCGUUAGGCGUGCUGCAUGGGUUGAGUAAGGCUGUGGAGGAGUUGAGAGAGGUGGAGGAGGAGGAGCAGGAGCAGGAAGAGCAGGAGGGGGAGGAGGAUGAGGGGAUUGGGAGGAAAGGGAGGAGGGGAGGGAGGGGGGGUGCAGGGGGGUAUGUGCAGAGGGGGAGGUUGGAGGAUGUUUCAGCUGCUUUGGAGCUGCUGGGGGAGGCUAAGAUGCUGGUGAACAGAGCGAAGGAUCACGUGGAGUGCUACUUGGACGACUUGCGGUUCUCACGGGAGCGCAUGGACCGGCUCAAAAAGCGGUUGAGAGAGAUAGAAAUUGUUCGCAAGCGCCACGCCAUUCGAUUGGCAGCAGAGCUCUGGUCGGCGGCCCAGACGGCGGCAGAUCAGAUCGCCAGCUCAGGGAGUGUGGAGAAGAGGCGAAGGGAGCUACAAGACGAAAUGAACCACCUCGCUGCGGAUAUCGGGCGGCACUUUUUGGCAGCUAGCAGGAGGAGGCGGGUGGCAGCAGAGGACCUGGGGGAGAGAGUGGAGGGCGUGCUGAGAGGGCUGGAGAUGGGUGCCGCGCGGUUCAGAGCGGUCGUGUCAUGG